AUGGAAUACGAUAAACUACCUUUUACAAUCAAAAUAACUAUUGAUGCUCAUGAGAAUUAUAGAAUCUUGGAGAAAAUUGGAAGUGGUCGCUUUGGAAGAGUAUUCAAAGCAAAAAGAAUAGAUUCUAGUGGAGUGUAAAAUAAUGAAGAAGGAAGGGAAUAUGCAAUAAAAGUUUAGAAUAUUAAAGAGCAAAUAAGUCCAGCAAAUCCUUUUUAUGCAGAAGUACAGCGAGUUUUGAGAGAGAUAAGCACAUUUGGACUAAGUCAUCCUAAUAUCGUAAAAAUUCAAGAAACUUAUUUUACAAUGCAGAACGAGCUGUGUAUUGUUAUGGAAUUAGCUUAGAAAGAUUUAUACUAAUACAAAAAAGAUAUGGGGUAAUUGAGAUGCAAAGACAUAUGCGAUAUUAUGCUUUAGGUUUGCCAGGCCUUAGACUUUGUUCAUGAUAAAGGAAUAGUUGGUAAAAGUGCUUACAUGGCUCCUGAAAUAGUAGAGGGUAAAGACUCAGAUAAAAACUGUGAUACUUGGUCUCUUGGCAUUUUGAUUUAUUAUCUUUGUACUGGAUAUGCAGAAAUUGAAUUAUAAAAAGGAGGUAUUCGCAAACCAAUAUCUCAAAUUAAAACCUAAAAUAAGGAUAGAUCUAUUCCCCUAGAUUAAGAGUAUAAGGCUUUUGAAAAUAUUUUAAAUAGAAUGCUUAGUUAUGAGGCUAAAGAUAGACCUGAAAUUUAAGAUAUUCUUGCUGCUUUGCAUGAUAUUUAAGAUCAAGAAUAUUUAAUGAAAAAUAAUAAUUUUAAGUUAGUGAUACAUCAACUAGAAGAUCUUUUGUAUAAUCAUCUGUAGGCUUAUAAUAGUUUCAACAAAUAAUUAUUGAAAAUAGAGAGAUUUAUGAGUAAGGAUAUGAUGAAUCUUAUUAAUUAGCAAAGGACAAUGCAACGAAAUCUUACUGAAAGUAUUGAAAACUAGAUUAUUUAAGUCAGAUAAUAAUAGUUAACUGAUGAGGAGCUUGAAGAUCUUUAAGAAAAGCAGUAAUUUUUUUAGAAGGUUACUUAACUUCAAGAUCCAUAAAUUGAAUUAGAAGUGUAUAUGAGAGGCAGAAAUUUAGAGGAAGAAAAGGAGGAACCAUAUAAUUGA